AUGCCUAUACCAUUCUACAGACCUUCUGAAGCGCCUGAAGCGGUCUUCGAGGGCCAAUUGAUCCCCCUCGCAAAAGCCAACAUCGUAUCCAGCUUCCUGUAUACGUGGAUCACACCCAUACUAAAAGUCGGAUAUUCUCGACCAUUACAAGUUGAAGAUCUAUGGUCUCUCAAUGAUGAAUUGACUAGUAAAACAAAUGCAGAGAGACUUCAGAAGCACUUCAUGCGUCGAAUGCCGCCUUCCCGUCGAUUCGAGGUGCCCGUCAAAACGAUGGCCGAGGCCCCGCCAGCUAGCAGGCCGGACAGUGCUUCGACUCGACCCAUUAGCGAGAAAGUCGAUAGACAUGAAGCUUCACAAGGUCAUUCGAAAUCCCCCUCGCACACUGAUCCCGAAAAAAAGCAAAUUGAGCCGGGAUCAGAUCAGGAUGAGACACCUCGACUUAGACUGGGAGAGCCAAAUCCCGAACAUAUCAAGCUAUACGGGAAGAAGAAAGCCCAAAAGAUUGCUUACGAUCAACUCGCUAUCGAGGAUGAUAGAGAGUGUGACAUGAGUCUAUGGCGAGCUAUCUAUUUCUCGCUUUGGCCUCAAUAUUGGACUGCAGUGGCCUUGUCAAUUGCCGGACAGGCUUUGAGAGUGACAGCGCCGUUGGUGACGAAGAAACUGAUUGAACAUCUGACCACUGCACACACUUAUUACCAGGCUCGAAGCAAUGGCACACUAACAGAUGAUAUCCCUCGACCUGACAGUAUUAGUCGAGGUAUCGGAUUGGCAAUAGCCCUAUACGUCAUGCAGUCUUCGGCGAGUUUACUGUUCUUCAAAGGCGAUCAGGUGGAGUUCAUCAUGAGCUCCAGGUUGAGCAUGGCGCUGAUCGACACGAUCGGUCGUAAAUCCAUGCGUUUGUCUGGCAAAUCCAGGAAUGAGAUGAGCAAUGGUCGACUGUUCACUCUGGUUUCGUCAGAUUGUAGCAUCAUUGAAUGGGCGAUGUCAACAUUCGCCAACCUCGUGAUAGAUCCCAUAACUCUGAUAACUGGUAUUGCCCUCUUGAUAUAUAAUCUUGGUUACUCUGCUUUGGUCGGUGUAGGAAUUCUGGCUAUUGCGGGCCCCUCUCAAUGGUGGAUGGUACGAAAAUUCAUGGUAUUUAGUGAACGGCAAGAACAACACACCGACAAGAGAGUUCGAGUUCUCACCGAAAUCCUUAACAAUGUACGAGCCGUCAAGUUAUACGCAUACGAAAGGUAUUUCGGAACCAAAGUAUCUGACAUCCGGCGAAAAGAAUUACAAAAUUUGCGAAACAAGGGGUUGCUUCGAGGAGUUAUGACUGCAAUCUUGAAUGUCAUACCAAUUUUUGCCGCCAUUCUAACCUUCGUUACUUUUGCGCUGUCAGGUCAUGAAUUGACGGCUGCAGUUAUUUUCUCGGGUCUACAAUGGUUUUCGGUCAUCCGAGUUCCGAUUUCUCUGUUGCCCAUGACUCUCGCUGCCAUAGGAGAUAUAACUGUGUCCCUAGGCAGAGUCAGCCGCACCCUGAAAGCGGAAGAGCUAGUCGAUUCUCUAGAUAUCGAUCCUGAGGCCAAGUUUGGUAUAGACGUCAAGGCGGAUUUCCGGUACGAUGCAUCUCUCAAAUUCAAAAAUGCAUCAAACGAAAAACCUUCCGGCCCAAAUGGGCAAUCCGGCAAAGACAAAGAGCUGGACAAUCGAUCCAGGGCGGAGAAGAGAAAAGACGCAAAAAUCGAAAGGGAGAAAACCAAGAAGCGGAAGAAGCUUGGACUGGCUAUGGAUGUGGAUCCCGAUGAACAGGAUUUAGAUGUACCCUUCGCUCUGAGUGGCGUUGAUAUGAAGAUCCCUCGAGGCUCACUGGUAUGUGUCGUUGGGAGAGUCGGUACUGGGAAGUCAACUCUGUUACACGGCUUGAUCAACGAAGUGAAGAAGCUGAAUGGGUAUGUGAAAUUUGGUGGAACUGUCAGCUAUGUACCUCAACAAGCUUGGGUGCAGUCCGGAACAGUCCGUGAUAACAUCACCUUCUCAUCGUUGCAGCAUGAAGUAGACCAAGCAAGAAUCGACGAAACGAUCUUUGCCUGUGCCUUGAAAAGCGAUACAGAGAUGUGGGAACAAGGGGAUCAAACGAAAGUUGGCGAAAAAGGUAUAACCUUGUCGGGUGGUCAACGACAAAGGCUAUGCCUCGCUCGUGCAGCAUACAACUCAUCUGAUAUUGUCCUUCUGGAUGAUCCCCUCUCAGCCGUAGAUGCGGGAGUGGGCCAUCAUCUUUUAGAGAACUGUAUUCUAAAUGGCCCUUUUGCCAAUCGAACAAGGAUACUAGUCACUCAUCACCUGGAUGUUUUACCCAAAGCGGAUUGGGUACUUGUUUUAGAUCGUGUGACAGAGCAUGAAGGUCGGAUCGUCCAACAAGGUACUUACACUGAAUUGCGAAAUACCGAUGGAAUAUUUAGAACGCUGAUGAAUGAAUUUGGGGUAAUUGAGAAACAAGAGCAAGAAGCCGACCCAACCGAACAGAUCGAUACCGAAAUCGCUUCGAAAAACCCUGACAAACCUGUGUCCUCCAUAAGUUCAAAGAAGGAUGAUGACAGUAUUGAAGAUGAAGAGCCUCAUCCUCGUAAAGACCCGAAAACGAUUCCCGACAAAGAAUUCGAAGAUGAAGAAAGGGUUACAGGUAAUGUAUCUUGGGGAACUUACAAAGCAUAUUUUCAAGCCUUGAAUUCACCUUUCUGCGUUCUCACGUGUGCAAGUUUUCUACUACUCACUCAAGCGUCUGCGAUUGGCAAUUCCCUUUUCUUGGGUUACUGGACGGGAGAUACCAUUGGUGGCUUCUCCCAAGGAGAAUAUAUGGGAGUUUAUGGAGGUCUUGGUGCUGCUCAAGCUUUCUUCAAUUUCGGAACAGUCUUUGCGAUUGCUUUGGCGGCGAUGAGAGCGUCUUUCAAUAUGUUCAAUGGCGGUUGGACAGCUGUCAUGCGAAGUCCUACCGCUUGGCAUGAUCGAACGCCGACUGGAAGGAUCAUCAGUCGACUUUCAAAAGACAUACGUAUCCUUGACGAUCGAUUCUCUAUGAUCUGGUAUCAGCUUUUGAGCAACACUUUGAUCAUUCUAGGAACGAUGGGUUUGAUCAUAUAUACUUAUCCAUGGUUGGGACUAAUGUUCAUCCCUCUUGGCUGUGCCUUUUAUUUGUGUACGGCAUUUUACACGAGAACUUCAAGAGAAUUAAAGCGGGUUCAAUCGCUCGUACGAAGCGAGUGGUACACCUCUUUUAGCGAGCAACUUGCGGGUCAUGCGGUCAUACGAGCUUUCGGACAACAGCAGAAAUUCCAAGAUCGCUUGAGGGACGGUUUGAACAAGGAACAGCAAGCAUACAUAUUAACGUUGACUUGUCAACGAUGGCUAUCUGUUCGUCUCGAUGCGUUAAGUCAGAGCAUCAUCCUACUUAUCGGUAUCAUCGGGGUUGUACAGCGAGAGCAUGUCUCACCUGAAAGAUUUGGGGUGGUAUUGACAUAUGCGUUGAACACGGCUUAUAUAUUCACAUUGUUUAUUCCCCUGUGGGCUGAAUGCGAACAAGAAAUGAAUUGCGUUGAACGUCUUCACCACUAUAACAAUCUCCCUUCCGAGGCUUCUCCACUCCUACCUUCCGAUCUCAAGCCAGAUCAAUGGCCAAUAAACGGCAGAAUCGAAUUCAAAGAUGUCUCUCUCCGCUAUAGACCUGAAUUACCGUACGUCCUCAAGAAUCUAAGUUUCUCCGUUGGGGCAGGUGAGAAAAUCGGUAUAAUUGGUAGGACAGGUGCGGGAAAAAGUAGUGUGGCGCAGGCAUUGUUUAGGACUGUAGAGAUCGAUAAAGGUAAGAUUGAGGUUGAUGGAGUUGAUCUGAGUGAAUUGGGUUUGGAAACUUUGAGAUCGAGAUUGGCGAUUAUACCUCAAGAUGCAUUCUUGUUUGCUGGUACAAUCAGGGACAAUCUCGAUCCGACUAGUUCAAGGACCGACGCCGAGCUCAACGACGCCUUGAACCUCAUCCGUAAUCAUCCUAGAGUAUCGAUCACUCUGAAAGACAAAUUGAAACUCGAUUCGAGCGUUGCUGCUGAAGGAGUCAAUUUUAGUGCAGGUGAAAAACAACUCUUAUCACUUAUCAGAGCAUUAUCACGAAGAUGCAAGAUCCUCUUACUUGAUGAAGCGACUUCUUCGGUCGAUCCUGAGACGGACGCAUUGAUCCAGGGUAUCAUCCAAACUGAAUUUUCAAAUAUUACCUUACUCUCUAUCGCUCAUCGACUUCAGACUGUGGCGUAUUACGAUCGAAUCUUGGUUCUGGACAAAGGUCAAGUGAGGGAAUUUGAUACGCCUUUAACGCUAUUCGAUAAGAAAGAUUCCAUCUUUAGGGAUUUAUGCGAUAAGAAGCACAUACGAAGAGAAGAAUUACUAAGGAUUCGAGAAGAAGCUAGAUUGGCUAGACAUGGUGGAGAAUAG